AUCUAUGAUAGUACCCCUCCCCUGAGCUUUUCGGCUACAAGUUGCCGAGAAUGGAAGGGCACUCGGAAGGGACCGAGUGCAGUAGCUUUGGGUCGGUCCAGGGGAGAUACAAAAGUGCCAGCAGUCUGUGACGGCGACUCCCAUAUAGACUGACGAUUGUCCUGAGUCUGGUCGUACCUUCAAGUUUGUCAAGGACCACCAGGGCUAGGUGUGUAACUGACCGCCAUCAUGAAACUGUUCCCGACUCGGGGAGAAGCAGGUCCCUUGGGCACGCUCGGAGGGAUCCUCUCUCUUUCCCUCCUAGCCCAUAGCCCUUUCGCCGCCGCCCAGACUGCGCCGGCCGAUGGCGCCGUCUACGACUACAUUGUUGUAGGGAGUGGACCUGGUGGGGGAGUUCUCGCCGCCAACCUUGCCAAGGCAGGAUAUGGGGUGCUGCUGCUCGAAGCGGGAGAUAGUGAUCCAGGAAGAGGAUUUGGACAAUACACUCCAACCGUCACCUGGGACUUUUAUGUCAAGCACUACCCGGAAGGCGACCCCAGGGACAACACCUACUCCCAUUUGACAUGGCGGACACCCCAAGGCCGGUACUGGGUCGGCCAAAGCGGUGCACCUGCGGGCUCCACCCUCCUGGGCGUCUAUUACCCACGGGGGGCAACCCUUGGAGGCUCCUCCAUGAUCAACGCCAUGGUGUGCUGGCUUCCCAGCGACAGUGACUGGAACUACCACGCACAGGUGACGGGAGAUGACAGCUGGAGAGCCGAGAACAUGCACAAGAUCUUCACCAAGAUCGAGAAGAACAACUACGCGGCAAGGGGCACGGCAAACCAUGGCUUUGACGGCUUCUUCCAGACCAACAUGGGCACCAUGACGCAGUCCCGGCAGACGGGAGGCAACCUGGCCGGCAACAGCGUCAUGGCGGCAUAUGCCAGAGACUGGAACCUGACCAUGUCCAUGAACAACCUCCUUAUCCGGGACCCGAACGAGAUCGGCUCCACGCGCGACCAGACGUCAAGCAUCUACGGGUUGGUGACUCACCAGUACGCCAACGGAAACCGAUACAGCUCGCGGGACUACAUCCAGGAAACCGUCCGGGGCGGCGCAAAUCUCACCGUAUCCCUCACUUCCCUCGCCACAAAAGUCCUCUUUGACACAACCUCCAAUUGCAACACCGGCAGCACCCCUCGCGCCACAGGCGUCGAAUUCCUCUUCGGCAAGUCCCUCUACAAAGGCGACAACCGCCGCGCGGCCAACGCACAGGGCAUCAAGCGAACCGCCUACGCCCGGCGCGAGGUCAUCAUAUCCGGCGGCGCCUUCAACUCCCCUCAGCUCCUAAUGCUCAGCGGCAUUGGCAACGCGACCGAGCUCGCCAAGUUCAACAUCCCCGUCAUCAAAGACCUCCCCGGCGUAGGCCAGAACCUGAUGGACAACCAGGAAAUGCCCAUCGUCGGCUCCGGCAGCGCCGGCUCGGGUAUUGCUGGUGUAGCGAUGUACAAGACCAAGCACCCUGCGCACGGCGAGCGGGAUAUGUUCCUGAUGGGUGGGCAGGGGUUCCUGUUCCGGGGGUUUUGGCCGGACAAUCCGGUGCGGGUGCCCGCUGAACCGCGCCAGCCGUAUGGUGUCAGCAUGGUCAAGGGGUCGAGUGUGAAUAAUAAGGGUUGGGUGAAGCUCAAGUCGGCGGAUCCGAUGGACACACCUGAGAUCAAUUUUAACCAUUAUGCGACUGGGUCCGAGUAUGAUCUUGAGGCUAUGAAGGAUACCGUCGCGUGGAUAAGGACUGUGUACCAGCGGAUUGGUAUCACCACGGUCGAGCCUCCCUGCACGCGCCCGGGCGGGCCGGAUGCGAAUGGGUAUUGUGGGAAGGAGGACGAGGAUUGGAUCCAUAAGCAGACUUUUGGGCAUCAUCCGACGUCGACAAACAAGAUUGGCGCGGAUGAUGAUCCCAUGGCUGUGCUCGACUCAAAGUUCCGCGUCAGGGGUGUCCAGGGGCUGCGCGUGGUGGACGCGAGCGCUUUUGCUAGGAUCCCUGGCAUCUUCCCGGCCGUGUCGACGUUUAUGAUUUCGCAAAAGGCGAGUGAUGAAAUGUUAGCUGAGCUGAAGGAUGGGACAGCUUUGAAGCAGUGCUGAUUUGGAUUGAUGUGCUAAAUGGGAUGUGUUGUUGGUUGUAUGGUGGAUGUUGAGGAGGCAGUUGUGAAACACGUCUUGCCAAGAGAAUAAAAUGUGUUCACG